AUGGCUCCAAUAACAACCAGAAAACGGUUUAUCCGUUCGCGGUCACGACUUAAUAGGGAAAGUGGACCUUCGGUUCCAAUUAGAAGUAACGAAACUCGUGAUAUGACUACAGACCAGGCAACGCGACAACUACCUUCGAAACAUAUUCAAAAUCAUUUCACUUAUUCUUGGAAGAUCAGAAGCUUUAAUGAGCUUGUCAACUUUUAUCCAAAUACUGGUUUUGUAUUAAGUGACAGAUUCUGGUCCCCACGUCCACCAUUAACGAAUGAUUUAUCAACGAAAAACAAACAAAACGAUCAUCCAUAUUUAUGGAGAAUUAAAUUAUAUCCCAACGGUGUCAAUGAGGCAGCAAAGACACAUAUCUCAUUAUAUUUAGUAGCUAUACCAACACCAUAUGAAAAACAAACAAACAUUACAAGUAGAGAAAAAACUUUUAAAUUGGAAGUGUUUCGUCUCACAUCUGAUUCAACUCCAGUUUUGAUACGAAAUGAAACAUUUACUAUGAAAUUUGAAUUUGAUGGAUUAGAUGAUUUUGGUCGGCAUCGAUUCUGUUCUUUUGAAAGUCUCUUCCCGAAUAAUGAUGUUACUGCGGAAAUUGAUUUACUUAUAAGAGUUCAAAUCCUUAACACCACUUCUACCAGUGACUUAAUAGAUAAACCAGUUGAAAAUAAUGAAGCUGAAUUUCCAUCAUUUAAACGACAUUUAGAUGAUGGAAAAUUUAGUGAUGUAGAAUUUACAUUUGAUUGUGGUGCAAGGAUUAAAGCUCAUCGCAUAAUUCUGGCUACAAGAUCUACAUAUUUUGAAAAAUUACUGGGAGAUAAAUGGAAAGAAGGACAAAUGAAGACGAUACCGAUUAAACGUAUGGAAUAUAACACAUUUCGAUCUAUAUUAUAUUUCCUUUAUACUGGAAAAUUGGAAGAUAGUAUAGGAUUUGAUAUAUUAAAAGAUGUUUAUUCGAAAGCAGAUAUGUUAAAUCUUGAAAGAUUUGGGGAGAUGGUGGCUGAUCGGAUUGCAGACAUGGUUAAUAAUGAUAAUUGGGACGAGAUAUUAAUGUUGGCAUGGGAAGUUGGAGAUUCACGUUUGAAAGAAGCAGCAUUAUAUUAUGCGGUCACUAAAUGGGACACCAUAAGAGACGGCGAGAACAUGAAGAGAGUGAUGUGCUGUGGAAACAUGGACUGGAUAGAAGAAUUGAUGCGAGCGAGAUAUUCUAUUUCAUAA